CUUUAGAGGCCCCCUAAUUCCAUAUUUACCAGCAGUAAUAUUGGAGCCUAUUUUAUGACUGUUUUACAGUAGGAUUUUGUAGAUACAGUCAAAGUAACUAUACAAAUGCAACAAUAGAUUAGUUAUUUAAUUAAAGUGGUCAUUCAAAAUUAAGUUCUUACCAUGGUUACAAUUUAAUAUGCCAUAAGAACACUGUCAUUAACAUCGGCUGCCUUAAUUGUAAAGGAUGGUGAAUUAGAUAAAUAAUAUCUCUUCACAGCUAACAUUUUGGCGUACAUCCAAUCUAUACACUGUCUAAAUAUUUACGAUUCUAUAGAUUAACAGAAUAUGGUAUGUGUGCACUGUCUGAUGAACAAUACUGUACAAUACUGGGUCUGGUAUUAACUGGAUGGCAGGGUAGACCCACUGGUGUGAUGCAAAGAAAUUGAUUUAAUAAAGGAUUAAAGUAAUUAAGUCAACACUGCCCCCUGGAGAGCAUUCCUCACCUAGCAUGGCUAGCCGAUGUCAACAGUUAUUGUCUUCAUUUGUUUUUAUAGUGUGGAUUAUGUUUCUUGUGUUUUCAUAGUGAGGUGAUGCCGUAUAGUUAAUCCCUAAUCCAUUGUGAAAACAAAGAGACUUUUUUCAGACUUAAAAGGAUUCUUGAUUGUUAAAGAAAAACACCUUUCUUUUAUUUAGAUAUACUCAAUUGUCAGGUCUGUCAGUGUCAAGUUUAGGGAUAAUUGAAUCAUUUAGAUGCUUCUGAACCCAAAGAUGUGUUAAUCCAAUAAACAUAAGUGGAUACCAUUGGUUGGCUAAGGUAAAUAUUGCACUGAGUGUAUAAAAGCCAAUAUAGCUCAGUGGAAGAUCAAGUUCUCUCAGUUGCCUACAAGUGCACAUACAGUGACCACAGUCCAACAGGAUAGACCCUCAAGCACAUUGGAAGUGAGAAUAUUACCAUCAAAGUUCCUUCAUAUUUAAAUUGUUGGAGUGUCCAGUGAUUGAAAGAUUUCUCCAGCAUGCCUUCUGCCUUCAGUCCAGUUGACCCUGAAGAUCGUCGCCAUGACCUUCAACAAAAUGGGCUAGGUCAAGGCAUAGGUCAGGUUAAUAUUGGAAGUAAUGGUGCUUUCUCUGCACCAGCACCACGUUUAUCGCACCAGCUACAGACUACAGAUUUCCAGCCGCCCUAUUUUCCUCCGCCUUACAAUCCGGUUCCCCAGCAACAACCUACUCAGCAGUCAGUUGACUACCACAGUCUGGCCAACAUGGACCCAUACAGUCACUUCAACUCGUACAAUCAGAUGCAGCAACACCAUUACAAUCCUGUGCAUCAAGUCGAUCGGAACACCAUGAGGCAUCCAGAUGAGAGCCAUCUGCAGUACAACAUGCACUCCGUGCUCCCUAGCAACACCUACGACUCCAGGAGGGACGAGUACAACGUCCUCAUGCAUGGAGGACACGUACAGAUGAACCUGGACCAUGACGCCCGCAUCAUGAACAUCCCAACAAUGGAUGAUCAUGUCAUGAUGAAGGAGGAAUCGGAAUCCAAUUAUCUCCUUGAGUCUGAUUCCGAUUCGGAAAAGGGAAUUGUUCGACAUAAGAACGAGAACCAGGAAUUGAUCGUGUCCAGUGUUGUGGCCCCGACUGAUAUAUUUUGUUCUGUGCCGAGUCGCUUGUCAUUGCUGAGUGCUACGGCCAAGUACAAGGUCAGUGUUGCAGAAGUCCAGAGAAGAUUAUCUGCCCCCGAAUGUCUGAACGCUUCACUCCUAGGGGGCAUUCUGCGACGUGCCAAGUCUAAAAAUGGCGGGAAAUCUUUGAGGGAUAGCUUGGAUAAGAUUGGACUCAGCCUUCCAGCAGGGAAAAGGAAAACCGCCAAUGUGACUCUCUUCACGUCUCUUGUGGAAGGGGAGACAAUCCAGCUGGCGAAAGACUACAGUUACAUAUGCGAGACUGAAUUUCCCUCCAAACAAUGUGCAGAGUACAAUCUUCAGAGGUACUCCGACCAUAAUGACCACAAUCGCAGGAAUCGCGUCAUGGCAACCAAACAGCUUUUAAAGGAGCUUUGUGACCUGCUGUCAAAGGACCGGUCUCCUCUUGGUGUAACACGACCCCAGCCAAUUCUUGAUGCCAGUAUACAGAAACCACUGACCCAGUUUAGUCUGAUAUCACAUGGUUUUGGAGCACCGUCCAUGGUGGCUUCGUUGACAGCAGUGCAGAGUUACCUCACAGAAAUGGUGAAGCUCAUUGACAAAAAUGCCCCACCUACUCAUCAUGAAUAGAAGUCUUAUCAUGAACGAACAGAUUGAGACCCUGGACUGUAUUAAAGAAAGAUUUGUGUAUACUGCUUAAUAUGAAUCGCUUUGAAAGAAGCUAAACAGCACUUGUUUUGUACAAUCAACUUGUACAGUUUCUGUUUAGUACGAUCAACUUGUACAGUCUUGAGUUUACAUUUGUACAUACACAUCUAUUUAUGGAAUAAAUUUUUAUUACUUUUAAUCCUGUGAUGUGUUUAUUUUUCUCACAGAAGGGAGUGACAAAAUGUAUUGUAUCAUUUACAUGAUUUUUAUCAAAUUUUGAUUGGAUAUUCUUCUAGAAUGUUUUUGGUUUGGUUUGUUGUUUAACGCCGCACUCAGCAAUAUUCCAGCUAUAUGACGGCGGUCUGUAAAUAAUCAAGUCUGGACCAGACAAUCCAGUGAUUGACAACAUGAGCAUCGAUUCUUCUAGAAUGUGGAAACAAUGAUCAGGAUUGACAAUCAUUACUAAGGGUGUGCAGUAUAACUGGUAUCUCGGUAAACUGAGGUUAAUUCUUUCCUCGAUGCAUAUCAUGUGUUUCAUGUAAUACACUUGCCAAAUACAGGGCCCCAAGAUGGCUGCAUAUUUAUUAAAUGAGUAAACAUUUUGUUGA